AUGAAGGCGCUACUCAAGUGGUGCAUUCAGGACUGUCUGGUGGGGUAUGAAGAGGAAGCCUACCCUGUGCCCUUUUCGUGGGAAAGGUUACGGCGGCAUGCUCCAGUUCGGUUGCUGCUAACGGACAUGGAUGGGACGUUCCUAGACUCGUCCCACAAAGCCUCUGCCUCGAAUGUUGCUGCGUUUGCGAGCCUAAGAAGCCAUGGAAUUAUUCCCGUCGUGGCCACGGGACGCCCAAGGCAUAGUGUCAUAGCUGGCGUGGGGCGUGCCGUCUAUGAGCGCAUGGUUCCCAACGGCAAGGGGCCAGGCAUUUUCAUGAACGGAAGCGUUGUCUAUGGUCUUAGUGGAGAGCUGCUGUUUGAAAGGCACAUCGAGCUGAAUGACCUAGAGCAAGUCUUCAAGGUGCUGGACCAGAUUGGCUGGAGAGACCGCGUGUGUGGAUACAACGAGCAGGGUGUCUACUGCGAAGAUGAGAAUGAUUUCAACUUUAGGCUCCACACUGAAUACGGGGAGCCUAGACCCCUAGUUGUCGACAAAGGUCAACUAAGAACCAUGAACUUCAGCAAGUUAAUCAUAAAUGGAACGGACGAGACGAUCGAUAAACUCCGGACGGCGCUGGAACCUCAACUGGGCAGGGGGGUGAGGUGUGUUCGUCCCCUGACUUGGAACCUCGAAGUCAUCCCGGCCGAUAUAUCAAAAGCUACUGGCAUGCAGGUUCUCCUUGACCAUCUGGGAUUGACAAAAGCCAACGUCGCCGCUAUGGGAGACAGUGAAAACGACGUCGAGAUGCUCAGGAAAGCUGCGGUCCCCAUCGUCGUUGAGAACGGUACGGAUGCUGCAAAGAGGGCAGCCCUGUAUCAGACAGUGUCAAAUGAUCAGAAUGCCUUCGCGCAUGUUGCUACCGAACUCCUAAUACAUCAAGCUCAUUCCACGACUAAGUGA